UCGCUAACAUUUGUCUCAUUAGUAAAGUGGGUUAUAGUUUUUUGAACUUGAAUCGCCGUUGAUGACCGUGCUUUGCUUUUUGCAUGGAUCCUAAACCGGAGGAAGGCGCCGCCAAUCACCUCCCAACCGCAACUUCGCCGGAGACUCAACGGCGGUCGGUGUGCUCCAAGUGCUGGCGUCCAAAUCGGGUGUGUCUCUGCCACGCGCUUCCGCUGAACCCCAUCCCAACCACAACACGAGUCCUCAUCGUCCAACACCCCCACGAAGCACACCACAAACUCUCCACCACUCCCAUCCUCACCAAAUCCCUCCUCCACGCCUCCGCUGUCACCGCCCGCCGUCUCCAUCCCUCCCUCUCCCCUCUCCUCCACCACCCUCCCCCCACUCUCUACCUCUUCCCUUCCUCCCCCUCCUACCCAGCUCUCAACAUCUCCGACGUUCGGCCGUCGGAGUUGACCGGCGAUGGCGGGAGAGGGCUUCUCCUCAUCGCCUUCGAUGCCACGUGGAAGCACGCGAGGGAGAUGGUGAAUGCCAGCGAAGAGUUCCUCGCCACGUUCGCUACUAGGGUUUGUCUGGGAGUGGAUGAGAGUGUGAGUGGCGGAAGCAUUUACGAUUCUGAGUUGAUUUUGAGAAAGGAGCCUUUUGCUGGGUGCGUUAGUACUAUGGAAGCUGUGGCUAGAGCCUUGGGUGUUCUUGAGCCCAAUGGGAUUGAGAUUGAAGAGAGAUUGAUUGGAAUUUUGAGGGAAGUGGUGAGGUUACAGGCUAGUUUUUUGAAGCCUGUGAAGCCAAGACCCAAAUUAUUAAAGAAGAACGUUAAGGAAAAGGAAAACAGUGAGAAUUCUGAUCAAGGUUAGUGGUUUCUUUUCUAUGAUGUUUGGUAAAGAUUUGAUGUUAGGUUAGCAUAGAGAGAUUUGACACUGGGAUGAAUAUUCAUUAAUCUAGUUGAUACUUGUAUUUUAUGCAUCGUUAUGAAGGCUUCUAAAAACUGUCGGUUUCUUAUUUUCCUGGAUUUCAAAGGAAAUCUACAUAUUGAACUCGGACAAGACUCUGUAUUAUUUCGAAGUCACACUAUCGUAUUGCUCCAUAAAAUCUGGAAAGUGAUGGAAUAUUAAGAGGAAAAAAAGAGAGGGAAAUUUAUUGA